GAGAGCUCCACUGCCGUUCAGCAUAUCGUUGUUGAUGAAGGUGUACGAGGUGGCAGUACAAGUAAGCGAGAUGAUAAUGAUGACGAAAUAGUACAAAAUACCAUACGAUCGCUUUUGGACCAAAUCUGUCCUGGUGAGGAGAAGAGAAAACGUGGUCGCCCAAGGAAAAGCGUAGCUUCAACUCCACCAAGAAAGGCAACUGAGAAUAUGUUAGAUAAUAAACAAAGACUGCUGCGUUCCACAAAUAAAGCAGCUAUGGCGGAUGAGACUGCCUCCACUCGCAACAACUUCACUGACAGAAAAGCUCAAACCACGCAA